AUGGCGACAACGGAAGGCGUCCUGGUCGCCAGCACAAGCCGUGGCUGCAAGGCCAUCAACGCCGGCGGCGGCGCCAUUACCGUCGUCACCGGCGACGGCAUGACCCGCGGCCCAUGCAUCGCGUUCCCAACCCUCGCCCGCGCCGGUGCCGCCAAAGUCUGGUUAGACUCCGAAGAAGGUCAGAGCGUGAUGAAAAACGCCUUCAACUCCACCAGCCGUUUCGCGCGCCUCCAGUCCAUGAAAACGGCCCUGGCUGGCACGAAUCUCUACAUCCGCUUCAAAACCACCACGGGCGACGCGAUGGGCAUGAACAUGAUCUCCAAGGGCGUCGAGAAGGCGCUACAUGUCAUGUCCACGGAGGCCGGGUUCGAGGACAUGGAUACCAUCUCCGUGUCCGGGAACUACUGCACGGACAAAAAGCCAGCUGCGAUCAAUUGGAUCGACGGGCGUGGGAAGGCUGUUGUUGCUGAGGCGAUUAUACCGGGCGACGUAGUGCGGAGCGUGCUGAAAAGCGACGUUGACGCGCUUGUUGAGCUGAAUAUCAGCAAGAAUCUCGUCGGGAGAUCCCGCACCGAAUGUCGAGAGUAG